GAGGUUUUAAAGGCCGCAGCUCACACACACAUUCCUCCAGAGCCCAGACCUUCCCCAGCACAGAGCUUCACCUGCGGAGCCACGCGAUGGAUGCUGCAUACAAGAGAGUCAAUGGAAACCACAGCGCAGAGGCGGAGACCGAGAACCCCGGCCCCAGGAAGAGAAGCGGCUCCAUGUACCUGGAGGAGGAAACCGACAAGCAGUCAGAAGUCAUCUCCUGCAUCUUCUCUCUGAAGGAGGAGGUCGGAGCUCUGGCCAAGGCCCUGAGGCUCUUUGAGGAGAAGGGCAUCAACCUGACGCACAUCGAGUCCCGGCCUUCACAGAUAAACAAGCACCAGUACGAGUUCUUCAUCAGCGUGGACUCCAGCUGCUCCCAGGUGCUGGAUGAGGUCAUCAACAGCCUGCGGACACAAAUCAGUGGCCACGUGCACGAGUUGUCGCGCAACAAGGAGAAGGACACAGUGCCAUGGUUCCCCAACGACAUCCAGGACUUGGACCGCUUCGCCAACCAGAUCCUGAGCUACGGCUCUGAGCUGGAUGCGGAUCACCCAGGCUUCACAGAUCCCGUGUACAGAGCUCGCAGGAAGGAGUUUGCCGACAUCGCCUACAACUACAAACAUGGGCAGAUCAUCCCCAGGGUGGAGUACACGGAGGAGGAGAAGGCCACGUGGGGCACGGUGUUCAAGGAGCUGAAGACUCUGUACCCGACCCACGCCUGUCGGGAGCACAACCGGGUCUUCCCCCUGCUGGAGAAGUACUGUGGCUACAGGCAGGACAACAUCCCACAGCUGGAGGACGUCUCCCGCUUCCUGCAGUCGUGCACAGGCUUCCGGCUUCGCCCCGUGGCCGGGCUGCUGUCGUCCCGCGACUUCCUGGCCGGACUGGCCUUCCGCGUCUUCCAUUCCACGCAGUACAUCCGCCACGGCUCCAAGCCCACGUACACGCCUGAGCCGGACAUCUGCCACGAGCUGCUGGGCCACGUUCCUCUGUUUGCUGACCCCAGCUUUGCUCAGUUCUCACAGGAAAUUGGCCUGGCCUCCCUCGGGGCCCCUGAUGAGUACAUUGAGAAACUUGCUACAGUGUACUGGUUCACCGUGGAGUUCGGCCUGUGUAAGCAGGGCUCAGAGAUCAAAGCCUACGGCGCCGGCUUGCUGUCAUCGUUUGGGGAGCUGCAGUACUCUCUGACAGAAAGUCCCAAACUCCUGCCCUUCGACCCCGACAAGACCAUCGUCCAGAAGUACCCCAUCACGGAGUACCAGCCCGUUUACUUUGUGGCCGACAGCUUCGAAGACGCCAAAGAGAAAGUCAGGAAAUUUGCCGCCACCAUCCCAAGGCCCUUCACAGUGCGCUACAACCCGUACACGCAGAGCAUCGAGAUCCUGGACAACACGCAGCAGCUCAGGAAACUGGCCGACAGCAUCAGCAGUGAAGUGGGGAAACUGUGUGAAGCGCUGCGCAAACUGAAAUAAUUGCAGCGACUGGAGCCAAACGUGGCCCAACGACCUACUCUACGUGGAGGCGGCGUUAAUUUAUUCCACCGCAGGCCUCUUGUCCUCCUGCUCAGCUUGCUUAUAAAUGAACACUCUGUGUUAAAUCCAAUUAGUAGGAAACAUCCUUCUUGUGUUUUAGUUAUCUGACUUGAUAUCAGGGAAUCCAUCUGUAACAUUCAGCAUUACUGCUGUAAAGUAAAUGACUUUCACAAUGUGUAAUUUAGGCAGAAAGAUGAUCCAAUUUUUUUUCUGUGCUUAACAAGUUCAUAUAAUUUGUGUCACUGUGCAUAUUUUCAGUACAAAUAAAUCCUGUAUUAUCUCUUAUAGUUUCUCUUGUGGUUGUAAAAAUAAUUUGUCUGCUUUACCUAUAAAAUAUUACACUUGGUUAUAGAUUACAAAGCUUUAAUAAAAAAUGAACAUUAAUUUAA